GGUAGAUAGACCUAUUGUCGUCAGGAGGCGAGAAAUGACGCUCACUGAAGUUAUUCAGAGCUUCAGGCCUGCUACAUGUAGGCAUCCGAGGGAGAACUCACUAUAAAAGGCGAAGGAUCUCCCUCUUACAAGACUGUCUCCUGAAACAACAGCAACAGACAAGAACAUCAACAACAGGUUCAAAGCUCCCACUCUCACAAACAUCUCACAACCCUUCACAAACAAACAACACUCAGGAAAACCAAGACAUCAAUCAUCAUGAAGGUUGCCACCACCCUCGCUUCUGCUCUUCUCUUCGGCAUCACCAAUGCCGGAACUAUCGGUCGUCGCUGGAUUAUGGACGUCGACACACUUGAAGAGGAUUGCAACAACGCUCCAGGACGAGAUCCCUAUGCCCGUUCCGUCAUGAUAACCUUGAUGGAUGGCCCCAACAUUGCAGAGUCCCUGCAAGGGAAAUUCAGUAUCAAGGAUGGGCAGAGGCUAGCGCACACCUUUGAUCCCGCCUGCAAGCACAUCUCCACCGUCGAAAUCGAGCCCAAAGGCGGUGGGAAUGGCUUUUCGGCCGAGAUUGACAUUGGUGUAGAGACGGUGGAGGUCACGGUUGAUUGCAUGGGCUUCAACUUUUGCGGGGGCAUUAUAGAUCCUGAAAUCUCCGGCGUGGACAGGCCAGCGAACGUGAAGUGUGUUGAGGAUAGUCCGGUUCGGUACCCCGGUGUGGUCAAUGUCUACGCCUACAAGACUUGCCAGAUCCAUUACCAGUAGAGGCGGCU